AGCUGAAAAAUUGUGUUACCAAAUGGAUACUCUAGCUUCUUUUUUUGAAUGUAAAAGGAAUGGAAAAGAAGUAAACGAAAAAAAUCUAUUCUCUGGCGCAAAUGCAGGAUUUUGUUGAUCUUGCAGGAAGUGAGCGUGCUUCUCAAACAUUAUCAUCAGCCAAUGCUAGAACCAAAGAGGGCUGCCACAUAAACCGGAGUUUGCUUGCCCUAGGAACUUGUAUUCGUAAACUAAGUAAAGGAAGAAAUGGACACAUCCCAUAUAGAGACUCCAAGCUAACCCGUAUAUUGCAGAACUCACUAGGAGGGAAUGCAAGAACCGCGAUCAUAUGCACCAUGAGCCCUGCUCGCAGUCAAGCUGAGCAGUCAAGAAACACACUCAUGUUUGCAACCUGUGCCAAACAGGUCUCUACCAAUGCCCAUGUCAAUGUAGUGAUGACCGAAAAAGCUUUGGUGAGACAGUUGCAAAGUGAAGUGGAAAGACUGGAAACUCAACUGAGGAACUUGGCUGCAUUUACAACUCCAGCAAUGAAGGAGAAGGAAGCUCUUAUUCAAAAGAUGGACUCUGAAAUCAAAGAGUUGAUGCGGCAGCGUGACAUGGCUCAGUCUUGGAUUUAUGAUUUGCUACAUUCAAGAUCAUGGGCUGAGACAAGUUCGGAAUAUCAUUCGGCAUCUGAAGCUUCAGAGACAAUCGAACCGUUUUGGUCAGAUAUUGCGUCUGGUGCAUCACAUUUUUCAGACUCAUUUGAUAGUUUUGCAGAGGUCCCUGAUGACCACUUUUUAUCGGAUGACACCUCUCCCAGUAUCUAUUUUGAUAAGUAUUUCGGUCCGGACCCAUGUAAGGGCUGGGAGAAUGCUACUCAUGAAUACCAUCAGAGUUUGGAAGAUAGCUGGAAGGAAGUCAAAUGCAUCGAAACCGAGUCCAGUACAAGAAUCAUGGAUUCAACAAAUGAAACUGGAAAGGUAAAUAUUGUGAAAACACCUAAUGGAUCUGAAAAGGACAUAAACGGAAGGCAACAAGAAUGUGAUGAGAAGACUGGGCUCAUGGGCAUUCCUAGAAAUACCGAAACAGGUUUCGCUACAAAAGUAAACAAAGAUGUUAAAACUAUGCCUGAGAAGCAAUACUGUGAUGAUACAAAAGAUGGCAAGGCUAAAUCUGAAAAGCAACUUUUCCAAUUGCUAUAUGAAGCAGAAGAAAUACACAGGGAAUUUGUAAAAUAUGCAUGUGAGGAUCUAUCUAUAGAAACCCGUUCACAAGAAACUCUUUCCAACAGGACAAUGGAAUUUGAGAGGAAGAUGAAAGAAAUAAUUGAGCUUUGGGAUGAAUGCUAUGUGCCAGUCGUACACCGGACCUAUUUCUUCCUUCUCUUUAAAGGAGACCCUUCAGAUAUGGUUUAUAUGGAGGUGGAGCUUCGACGUCUAUAUUAUCUCAAGAAUAGAUGGUCUCAAGGAGUUGAAGUCAUUAAAGAUGGUCAUGUCUUGACAAGGUCCGCAAGCAUCAAAGCAUUGAAGCAGGAGAGGAAGAUGCUGGGCAGGCAGAUGCGAAAGAAGUGCGGGAGAAGGGAGAGGGAGGCACUGUUCCAGAAAUGGGGCAUAGAUGCGAAAACACGGCAUAGAAGACGACAACUGCGCGAGCUGCUAUGGAAGGACACGAAAGAUAUGGAGCAUGUCCAGGAAAGUGCUGCCCUUGUUGCAAAACUAGUUGGGCUCAUUGAACCAAGUAGUGCCCCUAAGGAAAUGUUUGGACUCAGCUUUGCCCUUCGACCUAAGAAACCUCGCAACACAUUUUUAGGUCUGGAAAAUCAAGGGUUUAAAUAAAUGACUUUAAUAUGUAUACUCCUUAACUUACAAGAGAUGGAAGACCAUUCACGGCGGCGACAGAUUACUCUGCGGAGGUAGUGGUUCGCCGGAGAGCCGGAGACGGUGGAUUUUGGGUUCAUCCAUAUUGGUCACGGAU